AUGCGCGAUCCCCUGGUCGCAUCACCUUCUGCCCUUGUUCCCCGUCGCUUCUCAUCCAACGACUCUUUCUUGACAGCUGCAACCUCCAGCACUGCCGGCCGUCCCGUCGCCAACUGGUACUCCGGAUGCAUCACCCUGUUCCGUAACCCUCCGACGUGGACUGUUCAUCACCAUACAAUCCUCGUCAACAUGCGACGGAGCACCUGCCGAUCGUCCAAAUGGGACAUCAUCCUGCAGUGUCAGCGGCGAGGCGCAUCCAAUCAUGAUGCUGAACCUCUUCCGCCAAGCACUCGAGACGCCAAACUAGUCUCACACCGCUAG